AUGUCUCGCUACGUUCCUCCUCACCGGCGUGAAGCAGUGGCCUCGUCGUCUGAGGAACUAACCUCUACGAGCUCGGUGGCGUUUCAGCAAGAGGCAUGGCGCGCGUUAAGCCGUAGUAUCACCGGCGUGGUGAACAGGGUGAACAAAGACAACCUGGAACAGUCAGCCGUGGAGCUCUUUCGGGAAAACCUCAUUCGCGGCCGUGGCUUGUUUGCGCGUAGUAUGAUGCGCACGCAGCAGGUAGAUCCGGAUCUUACCCCGGUACUGGCUGCUUUGACCAGCCGCAUCAACAAAGAUCUUCCAACGGUCGUUGAGCUGCUCUGCAGGCGCCUUGUUGUGCAGUGGAGUCGUGCCUACCUGCGUAAGGACUGGCGCUACGUCGAGAACGCAAGUCGCUACCUGGGUUGGCUCUUCCUGCUAAACGUUGUCGAGGUGGACAUCAUCUACCAACUUUUACUGCGGCAUCUAACGUCGGAGAAGCGGAGCGACGAGGACGUUGAUCAAGCGGCGAAGCUGUUCAGGGAGACGUUCAAGGUGAUGUCGCUGAAAGAGCGACGGUCCUUCCACGAGCAAAUCCUGACGCCUUUCCGAGAUUUGUUGGCCAUGGAUGACGAGGAGCUGCGGCUGUCUACCCGCUCCCAGGCAGUGCUCGAGUCGUGCCUGAAGGAGGUGCAGGAGUGGGAGCGGCGCAAGGAGAGGGAGGAGGCAAUUCCGGACUACCUCGUUCUCUUUGACCUGGAGAUGCAGCAGACGCAUGAGAUGGAUCUGGACGAGAAGUACCCGACAGAGGAUACGCUGGACCGGUACGCGUUCGAUGCCGAGUACGACACUCACGAGGAGCAGUAUGAAGCGGUGCGCAAGGCUAUUCUCGGCGAAGACUGGGAGGUGGAGCUGCUCCAGCAGGUCGCAGACGCCGAGGGGGACGAGGACGAGAAGGGAGGCGGUGAAGACGCCGACGAGGCCGCCGAUGGCCCAUCUGCUGGGGCAGGUGCGGCUGCAUCCGAGGCCGCUUCGUUACCCACGAGUGCGGAGCUUGAUGCGUCCAAGACUCUCAUAGACGCCGAGGAGCGCAAGCUCCGGCGCGAGGUGUACCUGGCGAUGCGCAGCAGCAUCCGCGCCGAUGAGGCGGUGCACAAGAUUCUGCGACAGAUGCAACCGCAGACGGAGCGGACCAUCUGCUUCAUGGUGAUUGAGGGCUGCUGCGAGGAGCGAGCCUACCGCAAAAUGUACAGCAUGGCAGCGGAGCGACUGUGCAAGAGCAACGCCCGCUUUCAGGCCUUCUUUGUGGAGGCGUUCCACGCGCGCUACGAGAGCGCCAGCGAGCUAACGUUGAAGCAGAUCGAGUACACGUGCAAGGUGUACAGCCAUCUGCUCCGCACCAACUCGGUGUACUGGAGCCGCUGCCUGAGCUGUCUCGAUAUAGUCGAGAACAGUGAAUCGCAGCGGCUCAUGAUCCAGUAUCUCUUCAAAGGAGUGGCGGAGGAGAUUGGCAUGUCGGGUGUCAUGGAGCGGUUUCAGAAGGACGAGGAGCUGCGCUGGCACACUCAACGAUUGUUCCCGCUCAAUCAAGGAGUCGAGGCGCUGAAGAGUGCGGUGAACUUGUACGUGGCGAUGGGGCUGCCCGAGAUGACGACGCCUCUUCGAGCUGCGCUGGAAGAGGAGCGGGCGGCGCAGAAGCGUGCGCGCGUGGACUACUAA